AUGGUACAAACUGAAGCUCUGUCUGGUUUUGGUCGCACGCUGCGGCACUUUGUGGCCGCUGCGGACAACGGCAAAGCCCAGUCCAAGUCCAGGGCCUGCCUCCCUGGCCCGUACCUCUCCUCCGCACGGCGGACGGUGCAGGGCUCCUGCGUGUGUCCUCUCCGUGCCCAGUGUCCCCACGCUCCAGCCGGCCCCGCUAUCACAAGGCCGCCGCGGCCUACCCGGGCCUGGGGGCACGGAGCCCACAGCCUCCCUCGCCCGACCCCACCGCCCCCCGGGGCCCGACCCCCACUACGGCCUGGCGGGGACGCACCUACCAGCUGCCGCCUCCCAGCUGCUGCUCCGGCACCCACAGGCUCCGGGGCGGGGCGGGGCGAGGCGGGGCGGGGCGGGGCGAGGCGAGGCGGGCAGCGGGCGGUGCCGGGGCGGAUUGGGGCCGUGCUGAACCCGCCGCGGGCCGGGGCUUGUUUCUCACGCGGGGCCGCUCGCGGCCGGGGCCGCAGCCUACAGCUACCAGCGGAGCGCGGCCUGCUCCCCUGCGCGAGGCCGCACCGGGCCAAGCCUGCUCCCAGAGCCAGGCCGCACCGGGACGGGGCCUGGUCCCGUCGUUCUCCCCCUGCCAGGCUGGCCCAGGACGGGGACAGAACGCCGGGGCCAUCGCCAGGUAACGUCCUCCGUGACCUCAUGCCGGGGAUCCCACCAGCGGCCACGGCCCGAGGCCCCCCUCGGGCGACCGAAGGCAACAUGACUCUCACCAUCACGCUGGCGGACGUGGCCUCCAGCGUGACCAACGGCGGCAGCACUCAGGUCGGCAGGCUGUGUGUCCUCCUGCCCGGACCCCCGGAGCACAUACAGCUACAGGAGGGUGGGCAGGACGAGGCGGGUCUCUAUCAGCCGCCGCUGAGGCGCCCUGGCGGUACUCUGGGCACCGCAGGCCCUGCGGAGCAGCAAAUGGCACAGAUGAAGAGGAGAAUAGAAGUGACUGAGGCGUCGAUGACGAAGGUCAUGGACAUGCUGCAGGAGGUGCUCACCACCAUCUGCUCCCUGAAAACCACCGUCGAAGGCUUCGAGGAAGAGCUACAUCUCCUGAAGGACAAUUUCCACAAGGCUAGUCUGGAAGAGAUGCAAGAGCUGUCAGUGCAGCAGGACAAGUAUAGCCACAUCCUGCAGAGCAUCCUGGACCAACUGGUGGAGGUGCGUCAGGAGCUGUGCCGGAGCUCUCUCUGCAGAAUGCCCGCUGGUGAGGGCCUGGAUUUUGGCAGGGAGGUGCUGGGCCAGGUGAGACAACUGCAGAAGCAAUGCACGAGGCUGCAGGAAGCUGCGGAGCGGCUGUGGGGUGACACCAAGGAUACCCAGAAAGCAGACAAGGCUGCACUGAAGACCAAAGUGAGCCAGGAGGAGCUACAACAUGCCAUGGUCCAGCUGAGCGAGAUGAUGCAGGACCUGCUUCAGAGGAUGUCCCAGAUGGACCAGGACACACAGAAUGCCCUAGAGAAGCUCCUUAAUGAGAUGGACUCCAAGCUGGACCAUGUGGCACUGGCUCCCCUACAGGCACAGCUGGAGCAGGUGAGAGGGCUCAUCCAGCAAUGCCUCUGCCAGGGACCCUGCAAUGCCGGCCGUGCUGCCGGCUUCAAGAGGCAGCUCUCUGGUCCAGCAAAGUGCAUCUCCUGCAACAGACCCUUGGCCAUGGCCCCAGCACCGCCCUUGGUGACCAUCCGAAAGACCAGCCAGUUCCUCCAGCCCCAGCCAGCCAGCACCUCCAACUGCCUGGUACAGCAGCUGCCGGAGAGGGCCAGCCAGCGCCCUGGAAGUUCUGCCAGGCCACUGUCCACCUCCACCUCCCUUAUCACCGUCUGUCCCUGCAGACACCCAGCUGACUUAAUCUGCAAUAACAGAGAAGUGGAUAUUUUGGGCAUCGAUGGGGUCAUCUACAAGGGCAGGCUAAACUCACCGGGUACCAAUAGGACUGCCACCAUGGGCAAGGACUUCCCAUGUAGGGGAUCAGCCCUGGGACAGCGCAUGAGCUCUGGCCAGGCUGUGCAGUCACAUGAACGUCCCACUGUCAGCACCUGGGACGGUGCUGUGCCAGUCUGUGGCAAAAGCAUCAGCAGCCUCUCAUCUCCCUGUGCUAGCAGUGUCUCUGCUUCUCACCUUGAAACAGUGAAGAACCCACAGGCCCGCACCCGGCAUACCACAGAGAAGAUGGUCCGCAUCCCCAAGUAUGGCAGCCACUAUGUGUCCCCAUACUCAUGUGCUGCCAUGCAGAUGAAGACAAGCUCUUCGGGGGGCCACUGGCAGACUGCCAUGGGCAGCAGCAGGACUUCAGGUGUCUGAGCUGGGCAGGGGCUGUGAAAUGGUAUGGGGAUCUGGGGAGUGGAUGGGCAACACCAGGGACUCAGGGAAUGGGUGUG